GCCUCAAGCUCCUCGUCUAGCGCCUCAAGCUCUUCGUCCAGCGCCUCAAGCUCCUCGUCGAGUUCCGUGAGCAGCUCCUCCUCCAGCGCCUCAAGCUCCUCUUCGAGCGUGUCGAGCUCCUCAUCGAGUUCCGUGAGCAGCUUCUCGUCAAGCGUGUCGAGCUCUUCGUCGAGCGCCUCAAGCUCCGCGAGCAUAAGUACUCCAGUCAAGAAGGUCAUUCUAUCUGUACAGACGGUAGCACCAUUCGCAGCAUUGAAGCCCAGGCAAGCCGCAUCAGGCCAGACAUUUGUCGCCUCCUCUGGUGGAACAACUACGGAUUGCAAUAGCGCUGUUGUUUUCACACUCGAGAAUGAGCAGUGCUCAAGCAACGGCCAAUUGGUUUCAACCAAUGCCAGUAGUUACUCACCAUUCGCUGUUGGGCUUGGUGGACGGUACACAACGAUAUUUGCUGUGAGCGGAGACAUCCUGACCUGGACCAAUCCUGCGUUUUCUGGUGUGACGGCUACGUUCUACUUGUCAAAUGGCUUUAUUUUUGCAUCGUUCGUUUUUGGCGCAACGCCCCCAGAUGCGGUUUUGGUUGAAUUGGUGACUCUGUCUCCGGCGGCUUGCCCAUCAAGCUCCAGCUCGUCAUCUAUCGCUUCGAGCAGUAUCUCCAGUUCUGCAAGCAGUGCAAGCAGCUCGAGCUCUGCAAGUUCUGCCAGCAGUGCCAGCUCCGUCAGCAGUGUUAGCAGUGUCUCGAGCAGUGCAAGCAGCGCGAGCUCUGCAAGUUCUGCCAGCAGUGCCAGCUCCGUCAGCAGUGUCAGCAGCGUCUCGAGCAGUGCAAGCAGUGCAAGCAGCGCGAGCUCUGUCAGCAGCGUGAGCUCC